AUGUCACGUUCACCCUUGUUAUCGAAUGCAGCAAGUCCAGGUAUGUCAAGAAUCUCUCAAUCAAGUUUGAACUCCACCACUUCGAUGUUACCUUCCAGCCAGAACCAAUAUUCGCAAAGCUCUUUAGGUCAUUCAUCUUCAGGUGGAGGAGGAGGGAGAUUUGGUCCAACAGCUCAAAUCGGUGGUGUUGGUGGUGGUGGGAUAAGUUCAGCAUAUGAUUCCCAAUCUGGAGUAGGAAGUGGUGAGGGAUUACACCAGAGAUUUACUCAUGAUGAAUUACAAGAUCAAGAUGAUGAGAUGGACGAUCAUCUACAUACGUUUACUGCGGCCGAACAGAAGAACGUUGAUCAUUCUGCAUCGCUAAACCUAACCAGCUGGAGAGGUUGGGCAAACGCUUUGACACUUGGAUUCAUCGCUAUGGCAUGUAUAGGUAUAUUCGCCUUAUAUCCGAUAUUCGAUUUUUACAUGAAAGAUGAUAAUGCGAUGGGAGCCAAUACGGCAGGAUAUAAUUUAGGUGGAAUCAAUUCAACAGGUCAAUAUCCCUCUGUACCGGGUUUACCAAAAUUGAUAGAUGAUGAUACACCUGAAGAUGCAAAGACAUGGACAAGUCUUCAAGGUGAAGAAUGGCAAUUGGUCUUUUCAGAUGAAUUUAACAAGGAUGGUAGAACAUUCUUCCCUGGAGAUGAUCCGUUUUUCACCGCCGUGGAUUUACAUUAUUGGGGAACAAAUGACUUCGAAUGGCUAGACCCUUCAGCAGCAACAACCAAAGAUGGUCAUCUGGUCAUCACGAUGUCGCAAGAACCGAUUCACGAUCUCAACUUGAAGAGCGCUCAACUACAAUCUUGGAACCAACUUUGUUUCAACAAGAACGCCUACGUAUCCAUGUCGGCUAGUUUACCUGGACAUUCACACAUUGGUGGAUUCUGGCCUGGGUUCUGGUUGAUGGGUAAUCUGGGUAGACCAGCUUAUGGAGCUUCGACUGAUGGUGAAUAUACUUAUGACUCAUGUGAUAUCGGCACUCUGGCCAACCAAACUUGGCCUAACGGCACCGCCCCAAUUGCAACCUUAACAACAGGGGAGAAUGACGGUGUACUAUCGUACCUGCCCGGACAGAGAUUAUCAGCCUGUACAUGUCCAGGUGAAGAUCAUCCGGGUCCAGAUGUAUCUGUUGGAAGAGCCGCUCCCGAAAUCGAUAUUGUCGAAGCUCAAAUCAGGAUUGCUGAGAGACACGGCGAGGUAUCUCAAUCUAAUCAAGUGGCUCCGUACGAUGAUUAUUAUCAGUUCAAUAAUCGUUCUGGCUUCGUGCAUGUUUACGAUGAGGAUUUGACAAUGUUUAAUACGUAUCUGGGUGGUUAUUACCAACAGGCUGUUUCCGGUUUGACACUUCUCCCCGAUCGAAUAUACUCCAACCAGGUAGUCGGAGGACGCAGUGGAGAAUUUACCGAAUUCGGUGUUGAAUGGAGUGCUUUUCCGGAAGAGAGAGAAAAAGGAUAUAUAAGUUGGGUAUCGGAUGGUAAACGAUCUUGGACGAUGUACGCAGAUGCGGUUGAUAAGAACCCUCGGACUGGUGUGGGAAGGAGGAUCGUCUCGGAGGAACCUAUGGCUAUUAUUAUCAACCUUCACGCUUCGAACAAUUUCCAAUUUGUAGAUUGGGCCAACAUGAUCUUCCCUAAUUAUUUUAGGAUCGAUUGGGUCAGAGUAUAUCAAAGGCCUGAUGGAUCAGGUACGAUCGGAUGUGAUCCUGCGGAUCACCCAACGAAAGAUUAUAUCGAAAGACAUUUAGAAGUUUAUACGAAUCCCAACUUGACGACUUGGGUAGAAGGAGCUGGCAAAACGUGGCCUAAGAACAGAUUGAUCGAUCAAUGUUGA